AUGGAAGGUUCCGAGCCAGCAUCUCCUACCGUUAGCCACGCGCUUAACCAUGACUCGAUGGUCACUGUCGCGUUAUCCGAUAACCAGUCCAGUUCAGAGCACACCCAACCGGAUUGGCGCACUCUUGACAUCCCUCCAACCCCAGUGGAGAUGAGCCAUCUCGGGAAGGAGAGUGAGGAGUCCUUUGGACCGGUGCCACUACGGGACGCGACGAGGACCACCCCUACCCCCGAAAGCCGAGGUACAGAUAGGCAGAGACAGGCAGGCAAAAUGUUUGAUAACGAGGCGGAUUGGGAGAACCUUGAUAAGACAGAAGAACAAGAACCGCGUGGGGAGGGGUCCGAUGAAUCUACGGCCCUACUCCUCGCUCGACUCGAACAAGAGAACAAUGCUUUGGCGACCAAUCCCAAAUCCCGGAUACCCGAGAUUCCUGAUGGCAAGAUACACCAGCGGCAAUCCCGCUCCGAGUCAUUACACCAGAUCAAGCGGCUCAUUAGGGAUCCCGCUCGGGCAGAGUUGCGAUAUUCGCAGCUAUCUCCUCCUCCGAUGACCGAGUUAGAGUUUUGGGCUGCGCUUGUUGCUGACUACCAUCAGACUGCUCAGCGUUUACCAACAUUGACCUCGAAUAAGAUUCAAAGGGGUGUCCCCCCGCCAUUGCGAGGGGUGGUAUGGCCUAGCCUAGCGGGCGCACGCGAUCCUAAUCUGCUGAGUGAAUUCCAGAGACUUUCGGGCGAAAGCAGUCCGUACGAUGGGUUGAUCGGAAAAGACAUCGGUCGCAGCUUUCCCAAUGUCGAAAUGUUCCGCGACCCGAACGGCGAAGGUCAACAAAUGCUCGGCCGAGUGUUGCGAUGCUUCAGUCUUUAUGAUACCAAGAUUGGCUACUGCCAGGGUCUUGGAUUUGUUGUAGGCCCUCUGCUCAUGCACAUGUCAGAUGCUGAGGCCUUUUGUGUUCUUGUCCGUCUCAUGGAUCACUAUAACCUCCGAUCUUGCUAUCUUCCAGACCUCUCGGGUCUCCAUCUUCAUGUUUAUCAGUUCCAAAAUCUUCUAGCACGACACAGGCCGGUCCUGUUCCAGCACCUAGAAGCAUUGCACGUUGAGCCGGUCUACGUAUCGCAGUGGUUCUUAUCAUUUUUUGCAGUGGCCUGUCCGCUGCCGAUGCUUCUCCGAAUUUAUGAUGUUAUUUUUUUGGAAGGGGCAUGCGAGACUUUGAUGCGAGUUGCACUUUCCCUGAUGCAACGCAACGAAAAGAGAAUUUUGGCUUGUAGCGAAUUUGAGGAUGUGAUGCAACUCUUGUUAUCUCGAAGCUUAUGGGACACAUAUGCCUUCAAUGCUGAUGAUCUUGUUAAUGAUUUCGUGUCUCUCACUUCUCUCGUGACGAACGAGAGUCUUCAAACCCUUGAAGCCAGCUACAACCAAUCUAAAGGCUCACCGGCCGGACCCUCUUUCCCGCAGAUGCAGGCAUCGGCUUCUGGCUUCCUUGGGCGCCUAUGGGCUGGCUCGUCAAAUUCUCACACAUCAGUCAAGUCACUCAAUCCGAAUACUGGCUCGUCACGUCGCAAUAGUACUAUUCGUCGCACCACCUCUAAACAGAGCCUGACUUCCACUCUCAGCUCCAUUGAAACCACGUCAGACGCUAGUACUGCUGCCACUGAAUUAUCAGCGGCUGCAGCUAACAACGAUAGUCAAAAAUCGCGUGUUAAAUCUAUCAUGUCUUCACACCACAAAGACCGCGACCUCCACACCCAGAUUGAAGACCUCUUGAUGGCGCUCAGCGAUCUUCAGCGCCAACAAGCUAGCCUCACACGUGAACUGCAGCAGGAGAGAGAGGAGCGCGAGGAAGAUCAUACCCUGGCCAAAGAGAUGUUGAACCAAAUCAGAGAACAUUCCCUUGAGACACAACCAGCCGAACUAGUAACAAAAGCUCAAGCACGUUUUGAAUCGGUCAAACCAAAACGUGUUUCAAUCACACAGACUAAGCUCCAACUCAAUGACGAUGUGACUCGGUGGAAGGAAAUGUACGAGGUGGAAGCCGGUCGUUGCUUGAAUCUUACACGGCGCAUAGACGAUUUUGAACAGGAGAACUCGUCCCUGAAGGAGCAAUUACGGGAAGCCCGAGGCCGCAUUCAAGACGGUCAUCGGGAUCGACAGCGACUCGAGCGCAUGAACCGGGAGCUGCGUACUCUCAAAACUCCUAUCUCCGAAAUGCCGCUAGACACAAGUUAUGGGGUUGACUCUGGGGAGUCAAUAUCUCCUACUAGUGGUCUGCGCGAGUUCAAGCUAGCUCGCACCAACUCGACAAAAAGCCCCACAUAUACCAGGCGAACAAGCAGCCUGGGCCCCCAGAGCGUUUUGUCGACGGAGAGUACCAAACCUGCCGCCGAAGAGAAGCUACUCAUGGAGUUGGUAACUGCUAAGACGGCAGAGGCAGUUGCUAGGCAAGACCUUGAAGAAGUAAAGUGCCAGUUGGAUGCAUUGCGGAAAAUGGUCAAGACUUCUCAGGGGGUAAAUCCUGGAGGCCGCCAUUCCUUUGUUGGACUGUCGCAAUCACGGAUCAGCUUGGCUAAUAAUACACCCAUUGAAGGCCCGAAGACACUUGGGACACCGCCCAGCAGCAAUGGCGGUGGAGGAUUUUUUAGUGGAUGGGGCCGACGAGCUGGAACUGACUACGCCACCCCUACAGAACAAUCCGUUGACCCGUUCCCGAGCGAUUAUGCUUGUCAACAUCGAAUUUCUUCUCAAGUGAUCAACGACCCCUAUCCAAACUAUGAUAGUGAGGAAUGGAAAUCGACAUCAAAGGGGUCUUACCAGCCGUGUAUUGGACCCCAAGGGCGACUCCUGAGCCGCAAAGAUGAAGAUAUGAUGAUGAGCGGGUUUCGCUGGAACACUUCAGAUUUCCCAACACCAAUUUUUGGAUCGUAUGAGUCGUGGAAUUUGAACAACAGUCUCUGUGCCGAUCGCUACUCCCGAUAUGGCGCAUAUGGUUACCUAAAGGGCAACAAAUCCACCCAAAUCCAGGAUUGGCAGGGUAAAUUCGGUUCCAACGAGGCCGCCGAAAUAGAUUGGGAGAAGGUGAACUGGGCCAAUCUACAAAAUGAGUGCCUGAAGCGCAAUAUCGUUCGGUAUCGCACGCCACGAUCCGAAAAGAAGAUAUUCGCUUUAUACAAGUCACUGGAUUCGGAUUUGCAGCCUCGAGAGCCCUUGAACGAAACAAGCAAGACCCAACCCCGGACAGCCGUUAUACUGCGCUCUUGGAUCGGCAUGAAAUACACUGAGAAUGACUUGUAUCACAUUCGAUCUAUGAUUGUGGAGUUGUCACUGUAUUCCGGUGCGGAAUAUGAGCUUAUUCUCCUGAUUGACUGCCAGGGCGAGGAAUUGCCCAAAGAGGCUGAUGAUGCUGCCUGGAAGAAAUUCCAUGAGAAACAUUUGCCACAGGAGCUGCGCAGCCUGGCGGUUUGGUUUAACGCUGAUAUGUUGAACGACUGGUAUCCUGGGAUUGAUGUUCACGUAGCUAUAUUACAGUACUUCCAGCCCACGCAGAUCUUCUCACGACUACACCCUCAGUACGACUACAUCUGGCAGUUUGAGAUGGACUCGCGAUACACCGGCCAUAUGUACGACCUUUUGCACAAGGCAACAGAAUUUGCGAAACAACAGCCACGCAAGUACCUGUGGGAGCGCAACUCCCACUUCUAUAUUCCCGCUGUCCACGGCACCUGGGAAGAGUUCAUGAAGAAGGUAGACAAGGGAAUGCCCGGCCAUGACAACAGCAGUGUUUGGGGCCCCCGCCCCGCAGAAGGCAUCGACAUUCAAGGGCAAGCUAUUUUGCCCCCUGUGCCACAUCCAAAAGAUGAGCCAGGGAGCUGGGGUGUGGGCGAAGAAGCCGAUCUGAUCACCUGGUUGCCGCAUUUUAAUCCUGUUGAUACGGACUGGCCUUUCCGUGACCGUGUCUUCAAUUUCCCUCAAGACCAAGAGACCCCACGCUGGGCAGCUGUCGUGGCAAUGUCUCGGGUCUCGGCGCGACUUCUCGGCCUGUUGCAUAAGGAUAAGGUGGAUUCCGGAGUUGGACUCGCAUCCGAGAUGUCUCCUAUAUCCUGGGCUUUGUAUUACGGUCUGAAGGCGGUCCAGAUACCUCAACCGGUGUACCAUAAUGCCAAAUGGGACCCCGAGGAAUUGAACCGCCACGCCAACCCAGGUGAACCUGGCAAGGUCAACGCUGGGCACGACAGUAUCUGGAGCUGGGGCAAGCAUGAUAAUAUCAUAUACAACACGACAUUCAUGUUUAACUCUGAAUUCGCAGAGAGAAUAUACAGAGCCUGGUUCGGCUUUGAUGGCGCGAAAGAGUGGGAGAAAACAAACCCCCGGCUCUGCCUUCCUCCUAUCUUUCUACAUCCAGUUAAGAACCUCGAGUCCGUGAAGACAAAAGGUGCUUGA